AUAGGUACACAUUGUUUAUCUCAAGAACAUGCCCCCCCCCCAUUUUCUAUGGUUGUGCUUGCUGCUAGUACAGUGGAAUCCUACAACUGUUCAGUGUAGGAGUGGUGAUGGACAGGAAACGGCUUAGAGAAGAAGUAGCACGGUGUUAUGUAAUGCUUCCUGAAAGGCAGUGUGGUCACAUGUGGGCCAUGUGUGGAGUCUUUGUUCUGAGUCACUCUGACUCCAUGCGUUGUCGAAGUAACAUCGACCCCAACACAUGCCCUACAAGUGCCUACCUGUUUCCUUCUUUUACAGGUAUGUAAUGCUCUUCUUUCUUUUCAUGCCAAUCUAUGAGGUCCUUAAUAAGUAGACAAGUGAUUUAUAUUGUUUAGAUUUUUAUGUAAUGGCAACUAGGAUGAGUCUUUGACGGGUCAGUAAUUACUUGUUGGCAAGUUAGGCAUGUAUCAUGUGGCAUGAAGAUUUCUUACCACUACGACAUUAUGCAACACGCAGGGACAUGAAGUGAAUCAGGGCUCGCCUAAACCCGCACUUUGAUUUUUCUAACUUUUAAUAACUAGGCCCACUGGGGAGUGAAUUCAGUGCAUAUUUGUAUCAGCGAACUUUUUCAGGCGUGUGGUAGAUACAGCCUGAAUUAGGCCCUUUGGCCAUGCUAAUUUGAGUGGAGUGUAACAGGUCAAAACGCGAAUCCAGUACAGAGCAUGCUGUAGCCUAAUUGACCAACUGAUAGAUUUGGAUUGGAACCUAAGGUGUUCAUGUUUCUUGUUAUAGUGUGGACAGUUAUAGUUUCGUGUAAAGAAUCGAUACUGAAGAAUCGAUACUGAAUGUUUGAUACUGGGACCACGGUGUGCGUAGUAUCGAUUUUUGGUAAUCUCUAGGAUUAGAUUUAUUAGUAGUAAGUAACAGAUAAUGUAUUUAAGUUUAGACUCUGACUCCAUGCGUUGUCGAAGUAACAUCGACCCCAACACAUGCCCUACAAGUGCCUACCUGUUUCCUUCUUUUACAGGUUUCAUUUAGCGUUUGAGAGCUUACAGCCAUGGUACUCGUCAGCACUUCUGGUUUGGUGAUAUUUGGCAUUACGCUGAUCACAUUGGCCGUCACGUCAGCUGUCAUAGCUGUUUGUGGGUUACUACUGCAAAAAUGGCAACUAGAGAAGCAGCUGAAGGCCUUCCCUGAAGCACCAGAAAGACAUUGGCUCUUUGGCCAUGUACACAAGGCAACCUCUGAUGAGAAAGCAAUAGCAUGGGGAAGAAAGAGUGUAGAUGAAGCCAUGUAUGCCUUGGUCUUUUGGGUGGGGCCUUUCAUGCCGUUUGUCUGUGUGUUUCAUCCGGACACAGUCAAGACAAUUCUCAAGACCUCAGAGCCUAAGUCAGAGAAUAUGUAUCGCUUUGUACGGCCGUGGAUUGGUGAUGGGUUGCUGCUGUCUACUGGCAAGAAAUGGGCACGCAACAGACGUCUGCUGACACCAGGCUUUCAUUUUGACAUUCUCAAGCCCUAUGUUGAUAUCUUCCAAGAAUCUGGAGGAAUCCUUGUUAAGAAAUGGCAAGCUGCUUGUGACGGAGAAGAGAAGCAGUCUAUGGAGAUGUUCAGUCAUAUCAGCCUCCUCAUGCUGGAUAGCCUACUGAAAUGUAUCUUCAGUGUUGAGAGUAAUUGUCAAACUGUUGAAGAUCACCCAUAUAUCAAAGGCAUUUAUGAAAUUGCCCGGUUGGUCGGAGAACGUUUCCGCUUUCUUCCCUUCCACUUGGACACAGUCUACAACUUAAGCCCUAGUGGGCGGCGCUUCCAUCGAGCAAUUGAAUCAGUUCACAAAUAUGCACGUGAUAUCAUCCAUCAACGCAGGCUGACUCUAGCAGCAGAGACCACCAACAGUAAAACUGGACAAAGGAAGCACGUAGACUUCUUGGACAUCCUUCUCUGUGCAAAGGACACUGAUGGCAAGGGAUUGACAGACCAAGAGAUUUUCGAUGAAGUAGACACGUUCAUGUUUGAGGGUCAUGAUACGACUGCAUCGGGCAUAUCCUGGUUCUUAUACAACAUGGCCAGGUUUCCUGAAUUCCAGCAGAAGUGUAGGGAAGAGAUAGACAGCCUUCUGGCAGACAGAACAGAUGACAAAUUGCAUUGGGAUGAUCUCAACAAUCUACCAUACUUGGCCCAAUGUUUGAAAGAGAGUCUACGUUUCCAUGCACCUGUCUACCAUAUAAUGCGAACUUUGACCCAAUCUGUGACCUUUCCUGAUGGCAGAAUGAUACCAAAAGGCAUAUCUGUCGCUAUUCUCAUCAGUGGCUUGCACCACAAUAAAAAUGUUUGGCACGACCCAGAGACCUUUGACCCAGAACGGUUUGCCCCAGAAAGGAUCCAGUCCAUCCCUACAUAUGCAUAUGUGCCAUUCUCAGCUGGCCCAAGGAAUUGUAUUGGUCAGCACUUUGCCAUGAGUGAGAUGAAGGUGGUUGCAACCAUAAUACUUCGCAACUUCUACCUGUCUGUUGACGAGUCCGUACCAGUCUUGCGCAGAAAUGCUCUGGUUCUUCGAGCUGAUAAUGGAAUAAAUUUGUACAUCUCGCCUCGCAAACUGUAGAGAACAGACAGAGUUUCAAAGAGGAAUAUGGUCCAGAGAGGAGUGACGGUUUGUGUGUGAGGGGGCUCAGUUCAGCCUCAGGUUGGUGUGAGAUUCCAGAAUCAUUCCAAAUUAUUAAGGAAGUAACAAGAAAUCCAAAAGAUUUUCAUCCAGAGAGGUAAACUGUGCAGCAGUCCUUUGUAUAGCAACAAUUUUUAUGUUUUUUAUGCAUUUGGUUCACAGAGACACACAUGAUUGAGUAGGCCUUCUGCUUUGAUCAUUAGACUACUUAUCUGGAAAACAUUAUUUCCAACAAGUUUGUUUCAUGCUAAAUCAAUAAUAAUUGAUCGAUUUGCUGAUGCACCCACCAUAACUUGGCUAGAGGGGUGUUUUAACUGAAUUGAAUUAAACUUAAUGAAUGGUAAUUAAGAUUGGAAUAUAUGUGUUCUUGGACAGUCUUAAACAUUUAAGACUGCCAAAAGAGUUUGGACACUGAUUUUGAAGCCCUUGCCACUGGAUAAUCACGUUCUGUGCCACCUCACGUAGCAUGUGCCAUGUGCACCUAUCUCUGCAAGGCAAUUGUGUAUGACUACUCAUGACAGGAACAUAUUGUCAAAUGGCUUGCAAUGGCUUGGGUUUGCAAAAAAUUAAGAGAAUUAGCUACUUGGUAUUUAGGUCUUUCGGGAACAAUGCCAAAAUGAGUUUCUGUCUGGCUGCGCUGAUAGGUCAGACAAUCACAUGCAUAUUGCUUUUCCAAACCUUGGACACACUUCAGUUUGAUUUUGUGCCGUUAGAAUACCAAAUUUGCUCAUACUUUGGAAAUUUAUGAUUUCAAACUUAUUUUGACUUUCUGACAAAAAGUUUUCUAUGAAUGGAAAUAAGUAUGUGCUUUGCUAGAUGUUUAAGACCUGCUCAUUAGAAUGGGCGCAGUUGAUCAACUGUGAAGCUUUGUAGCAUCUUUUCUAAGCAAUUUCUGUUGGGUCUUUCACCUCCUACUUUGCUCCCUGUCUCUCUGGUCGUUCAAUUCCAAGUUCUCCCUGCUGCUUUUGCUUGCUCUGAUGCUGUUCCACUCCUAGCCUUGUGGUUUUCUUCAAGAUGGUAUCUCUUCUUCUUUUGCAUGUUGUCAAGGUAAUCAACCGCUCUGUUUUUCUGUGCCUUCAACUUGCAAGAUAAAAACAGGUAGUAGCCUUAGGAGCUGUUUUCUUUAACACUGCAGACAACACCCACAUGUCUGUGUUAUGGCAGAUUUUGUUUCUUCCUUUGAAUUAAUGUACAUGUACCUUGUGCACUGACAUUCCAGCACUUCAACAGUUAUAUGGAUGCAAGCUUUCAUCAUUCCUUUAAACUUGUCAGAAUCUUUAGAUGCCUGUCUUAAGGGCUAGAAGAGUGGCGUCAGAGUACCACAGAUGCCAGUUGUCCAUUCCAGCAUGCAUGUCUCCUGGAUCCUCCUCCAUUUGAGAACGUAUACCACUGCAAUUCCUUCCACAUGAUCAAUCUACUCAUCUGCCCCUCUGCAAAACUUUUUCAUCCAUUAGUCUGACAUUAGUUUGCCAAGCAGACCGAGAUUAUGCAUUUCUAUCAGUCCAUUAUCCAAAAAGUGCCGAGUAAUGUGCCGCAAGACGUUCCCUCCUGAGGGAGUGUUCUGAACUUGUCAUAAUGUUAGAUAAGAGUCCCAUGGAUGAGGAAUAGAAGAUAAAGGCAAUUUCCCCUGUAUCUAGGUGGUAUGCCAAUGAGAUUCUCAUUCUGUAAACAUGUUAAACCACAUAGGUCACCUUUUCCAUAUAUGUACCUCAACUUAUUCAUGGACAAAACAAUAUUGGCAGCUAUACCACUGUUCUGCAGUGCUGAGGAAAAAGUCGUAGGAAUAGAUUUCAGAGGAUGUUGUUGACUAUGGAGUUCAUUUAGAUUUAGUCCAUGCCGGUUCAACAAGCUGCAUUGAAGCAUGGUUUGCAGUACAGCAAUCUGUCAGUGCAUUGGAAAUGUUCUCAAGGAGUUGCUGUUUUGAAUCCUCUUCUUUCACAUCUGUGAGAUAUACAUGGAUUUUGGCCAGAUUGCCCAUGGAAUCUGUGAUGUGGCAGUUGCUGUCGUCAGGUAACCAUCCCCCGCCCUCAGCAGUUGAUCAAUAGCCUCAAUUAAACAGUAAGAUUUUGCUGUGUUGGUACUGCUAUCAUGUUUGUCCUGGAUGAUUGCCUCAAUCAAUCAGAAAUCAAAGUACACAUGGAAUAUUCAUCACAAACUAAGCUGAAUGCCAUGAAUUUCCUUGGAUCUGAAGGUUUUCUGUACUGAUAGAUUCUGAGAAAGAGUCCUUUCCAGAGCAGCAUCUUACGUGCCACAAGAUCUUUUUCUGGUGAGUUGAUCUGGGGAUGAAGUGAGUCAAAAGCUGUCUUUACUGUAUAGGUUUACAAUUCUCUGUCUUUAUUUAGUGGAGUGUCCAGACACUAUUAAUUAUCACACAAGCUUGAGUAGAACCCAGAAUAAUGUUGUGCAUCUGUGUCCCAUAUACCAUGAGUCUUACCGGUUGGGAGCAUGAUAACGGAUUUAUUUUCAAGAAAACUUGACGCGCAGUAAAGAUGUUACAGGGGCCAAAUGUGCCACCUUUGAGUUUACAGUAAAUUUUGCAGUUGUACAUUUUGCUUUUAGCGUCAAAAUAGCGCAUACAAAACAAACCAGAGAACAUCAGCAUAAACCAAAUGCAUGUAAAGUAAGACAAAAUAAAAGAAAGCACAAUAAUACUCCAAACAAACUAAAUCAAAACAAAAAAAACAAAGCCAAAGACAAUCAUGCAAAACAAAAAGAUAAAAAUUGGGGAAAAGCUGCAGCAGAAAUCUAUGCAAAUGCAUUAUGAUAAUUUCAUAUUUUCUGUCAAUUGUGUUAUAUUGUAUUUAUGUGUUUUUGUUAUGACUGACUGUCAGUCUUUUGAUGUGCAACCAAUGAUAGUGCUUACCGACAGUAUAAUCUAGUUUUUGAGCAUGUUGUGCAAUUUUGAUACUGCAUGUAAAUACUCCAUGAAACUUCUGUGGUCAGACACAGAACCCUUGUCACAGUUGAAGUCGAGUGAAAGAAAUGGCCUUCUAUUUAGUUAUCUAUUAACUAAUAAUCGUCAUUACCAGAAUUUAUAUUUGCUUGUGCAUGAGCAAUCAGGUGUCUUUUUAAAACCCGAUUGCAUAACAGUAUUUAACAGUUAAGUAUUUUUUUGCUUUUGUGCUCAUUAUCUCUAACUAAACUUACAAAGAAAUUUUUCAUGAGGAAAUAUGUCUUUAAGGCCACAUAGAUCAAGAGCAAACAAUUGUGUCCACAUUCCACAUUGUAUCCAUAUUUUAUUUAUGUGUGUAAUUUUGCACAGUCAUCACUUAUAAAUUGUGAGCAAAUAAGUAUUAAUGGGUUUUAAUUCCUUUAUGUAAUUGUAUAUUUUUUAUCAAUAGUGUUCUUACAGUUUGUAGACUUGUCUUGAAUAAGCUUGUCUUCAAGUGUAUUAUUUUAUUGGUUGAACUCCUGAAAAUAAAAGUUAGUCUCAAGUAGAUGUGAGAAUUUGAAUGCAUACAUGUUGUCACUGGCAGCAUUAAAUCAACUUAUUCUUGAGACAAGCAUAAUAUUUUCAUAGGCUUAAUGAUUUUCACAAGUUGAUCAAAGGAGAGGCAAAGUCAGUGCAUCAUUCCUCCCCCACACCUUUUAGAAGGGCACAUUUCAUCUGUGCUUAUUUGCACUUAUCAGUUUUCAACACAGCUUUGGGCAACCCUCCUUCCUCGUAGCCAAACAGUGGAUCCAUCACUGAAUUCUGUUCUUUUUUUGUAAAUGAGAAGUACACUCUUGGUGAGGGAUUGAAUUUUGAAAGCUUUUUACCCUGAACCCAAACAGUAGCUUUCUUUGAGAAAUGGGUUUGCGGGUACACCAUGGAAUCAAUCUCUUUUGGUUGAGGUGUGGUUCUCAAGAACUGGUGAGUAUACACUCACUCUACUCAAAGUAGCUUUCUUUGCUGAUUUGAUGGGAAUGACAGGCUUCUACAGAAAGGAAUGGACCAUAGCUAUCAGGUCUUGAUACACCAAUUUGGUCACUAAUGAUGCUACUGUUGGUGAGUCUUCAAGACCAACAGACCACAUUAUCUACAGAAAUCCAAUGAUGUCGAGUAAUCCCCCAAUAAGAACAUUUCAAAAAUGACAUCAUUGGAAAGUGUCCACAUAUCCUACAGUUAGGCCAAGCAAAAAGAUUAGCUGUGUUUCCGGUUACCCGACCCAAAGUAGAAAGUCAUGCAGAACAUAUAUCUUCUUAAUCAACAAAUCAAUAAUAUAUGAAAACUUACGAUGCUUUGCCCCGAACCUAAUUUUGUAUACAUCAUCCUGUACAUUGUAUUGUUGAAAUUUUUUUGGCACAAGAUGGACGGCUUUUGUGUGUUUGUAUUUCAACAACCAGCUUCUUUGCUACUCAAAAACUGUGCUGAGGAAUAUGACACUGUGACUUAGUACCUGUUACAAAUAUACGUCCCCUCCAAAAAAAAAAAAAACAUCAUCAGACCCGACAUUUUGGGGCUAUAAAAAUUCAGAGUAAAAAAAUUUUACCCAACCAACCACCCUAAUUUUUCAGUGUAAUAGGAACACAACUGAUUUUUUAUUUGGCCAUAUAGCAAUAAGCAUGUGAAUGCUGUGCUCGUGUCCAGUACACCCAUAUUUGUGAGGAUGUCCUUUCAAAGCUUUCAUGAUGGCCAUCAUUUGACAUGUCAAGUCUACUUGAGAUAAGCAAGAAAAAAAGGUGAAUGUCA